AUGGAAGAGUACUUUCAAGAAGUUGGUCGUGCAGGUCGAGAUGGUCUACCAGCUGUUGCGACAAUCUACUAUAACUGUUACGAUAUAAGAUCGGGUGACAAUGCUGUUGAUGCAGUAAUGAAGGAACUUGUCUCUGGCAAAGGUUGCAAGAGAAGAUUAAUCUUGAACUAUUUUGGACAUAAUUUAGCACAAGUAAACACAAACAUAAUCCAUACAUGUUGUGAUAAUGAUGCUACUAAGUCUGAAUGUGAUGAAUGUCUUCAAAGUGGUCUCUCACUUCAGGUACAAAGUACAUCCAUGAAACAAACAUUUUUAUCUGGUGAUUGUGCAGAAGAUACCGGUACGGAUCUAUUGUCAAUAGGCAGUGAACAGAAGAAUGGAAUAUGCAAAGCUCUUGAGGAAUACAUGAAAAUGUUGUACUUUGGUCCAUCAUGCAUUGGGGGUAUGUCUCUGGCUACCGGCUUUACACCAGACUUGGUUGAUAAGACUGUAGAACAGUGUGAACAAUUGGUGUCCAUUGAGGCUGUUGAACACAUUUUAUCUGUUUUUAGCAGAGAAAAUGCAAAAGUUAUUUUUGAUAUCAUUAAAAAAUUUUCAUCAUGA